AUGCUCGUUCUUCUCACCGGCGGCUCCGGAUUCAUUGCCGCCCACAUUCUCGACGGACUCGUCAAGCGGGGCAUUCCUGUCGUCACCACAGUGCGAUCCGACAACAAGGCCAAGUUCCUUGCUGAAAAGUACCCUGGUCACGACCUCAAGUUUGAGAUUGUGCCGGACGUGGCCCAGAAGGACGCCUUCAACAAUGCCCUCAAGAACCACAAGAUCACCCACAUUCUGCACACCGCCUCGCCCUUCUUCCUCAACCCCAAGGAUCCCCAGAAGGAGAUUCUGGAUCCCGCCAUCAACGGCACCCGAGGCAUUCUGGAGGCUGCGCAGGAGCACGGACCUGGCGUCGAACACGUGGUAAUCACCUCCUCCAACGCCGCCAUCACAUACUACGACGCCCGACAUAAGGACCCGGAGACCGUGUACACCGAAAAGUGCUGGUCCAACGUGCCCUGGGAGGAGGCCAUCAACAACCCCGCCUCGACAUACAAGGCUUCCAAGCAGUUUGCCGAGGAGGCCAUGUGGAACUUCCAGAAGGAAAAGAACCCCAAGUUCCGUCUCACGGCCAUCAACCCUCCUUACGUGUUUGGACCCAUGAAGCACGACGUUUCCGCUGCCACCCUCAACACCUCCAACAAGAUUGUGUGGGACAUCAUCAAGUCCAGCACCAUUGGAAAGGCCGGUCCUACUUACUGGGUGGACGUGCGAGACGUGGCCGAGGGACACAUUAGAGCUCUGGAGCGACCCGAGGAGUCUGCAAACUCCAGAUGGUACACAGUGGGAGGCAUCUUCACUCCGCAGGACGUGCUGGACGUGCUUAAUGAGAUGGACGAGUUCAAGGGCAAGAUUCCUGUGGGAGAGCCUGGAUCGGGGGUCCCUCUUCACUCUACCAUUCCCAAGUACGACAACUCUCUGACCAACAAGCAGAGCGGGCUUAAGUACCAUACUCUGGAGGAGUCCGUCAAGGAUCUUGCCAAGCAGCUCAAUACUCUCGAGUAA